CUGGACAGUCGGCCACCUCUCCCGAAGUGUCCGCCGCCGCCAUUGUGCGGCGCUGGUCCACUCGAAGGGUGCUGGUUGUGAUCAGUGCCUGGAGGGCUCUUCCUCGCUUUUCGCUUUCCUGUCCCGGGAGCCCGGCAGGUCCGGGACUCCUGUCCGUGCCGGUGCGGGCGCCGGCAUGUGGCUGUGGGAGGACCAGGGUGGGCUCAUGGGCCCCUUCUCCUUUCUCCUGCUGGUGCUGGUGGUGUUGACACGCAGCCCCUUUAAUGCCUGCCUCCUCACAGGCAGCCUCUUCAUCCUGCUGCGCAUCUUCAGCUUUGAGCCGGUGCCCUCCCACAGGGCCCUGGAGGUGCUUAAGCCCCGGGACCGCGUUUCUGCCAUCGCCCACCGCGGCGGCAGUCACGACGCGCCCGAGAACACGCUGGCGGCCAUUCGGCAGGCAGCUAAGAAUGGAGCAACAGGAGUGGAGCUGGACCUUGAAUUUACUUCUGACGGGGUUCCUGUCUUGAUGCAUGAUAACACAGUAGAUAGGACAACUGAUGGGACUGGUCGAUUGUGUGAUUUGACAUUUGAACAAGUUAGGAAGCUUAAUCCUGCAGCAAAUCACAGACGCAGGAAUGAUUUCCCUAAUGAAAAGAUCCCUACCCUGAGGGAAGCUGUUGCAGAGUGCCUAAACCAUAACCUCACAAUCUUCUUUGAUGUAAAAGGCCAUGCAAAAAAGGCUACUGAUGCUCUAAAGAAAAUGUAUAUGGAAUUUCCACAACUAUACAAUAGUAGUAUAGUCUGCUCUUUCUUGCCGGAAGUUAUCUAUAAGAUGAGACAAACAGAUCAGAAUGUAAUAACAGCUUUGACUCACAGACCUUGGAGCCUUAGCCAUACAGGAGAUGGGAAACCACGCUUUGAUUCUUUCUGGAAACAUUCCAUGUUUGUGAUAAUGGACAUUUUGCUCGAUUGGAGCAUGCAUAAUAUCUUGUGGUACCUGUGUGGAAUUUCAGCUUUCCUCAUGCAAAAGGAUUUUGUAUCCCCGGACUACUUGAAGAAGUGGUCUGCUAAAGGAAUUCAGGUUGUUGGUUGGACUGUUAAUACCUUUGAUGAAAAAAGUUACUACGAGUCCCAUCUUGGUUCCAGCUACAUCACUGACAGCAUGUUGGAGGACUGUGAACCUCACUUCUAGACUUUUACCUAGGGGAGCAAAUACGGGUUCAGAAACCGCCAGUGGCCCUAGGCAGGGAUAUCAGAAUACCCUUUGUGCUAGCCCGGGCCCUGGGGCAUCAGGUGGCUCACACAAGCAAUAGUUGGUAAUUUCAUUUUUACUUGAACCAAAACAAAACCCAAUGUUGCCACCAUGCUCCAUGGAAUGCCUGAGUUCAAUACUGUUGCUCUUGAAAAUCUGGGUCUGAGAAAAGGCACAACAGCCGCUGCCCCGACCUACGUGAAACAGACACAGGGAUCGAGUGAGGAUAAGCACAGGUUGGGUUGUGCAGCUGGAGAUGCAGAUGUAAUGCAUGGGACGUGCAUGAUAACUCAAGAGUUGACAUUUUAAAACUUGCCAUGCUUACGUAUUUUAAUUAUUUCAAAUAUUUGUAUUCAGCCACGUUAACAGUGUACCGUAGAUGUCAAACUUGAGGCUAUACUAAUUAAAUUAUUAAAAGGA